AUGCCUGGACUCAUCUCUUUCUUCCUCCGCCUCAUCCGUGAGGACGGCCGCCGUCGCCGUUUCACAGCCCGUGGCCAUUAUGGAGUAGGCGGGCGCCGUCGCCGCCGAUUCGGACGCCGUGGCGCUGGACAAGGCCACCAUGCCGCUAUACGCGGCCCUCGACGUGGCCUCCGCGCCCCUAGACACGGCCAUCGCGCCGCUGCUCCCGGUGACCACGCCCCAACGGUGGCCAGCCCCAGCGCGCCUCCCGCACAUGCAGGAGAAGAGAUCCCCGGGCCCAUGCUCGCGGCUCCAACGCGGAUUCUGCCUCCGCCUCCAGCGCCGACUGACGAGCCCGGCUUCUUCGUCUUUGUGCCGUUCCCGAACGGCGCCGGAGGGACGAUCCAAGCCGCUGGCCCGACGCCGGUCGCGCAGCCUGAAGACGUGGGCGCCGGCCCGAGUCGCAGCGCCACCGAGCACCCGCACGCCUCCACCUCCGUGCUGGACGAGGCACCGUCAUCCCCGCGCGCGGUCGCCCGACCGCGCCUCCAGGACUCCGCAAGCAUGGAGGGACGCCGCCGCCUCUUCAGUCGCGCCAUCACCGCCAUCGACCGCCGUGAAAGCAGCCACUCCGGCCUUGCCUCCGAUCUGCUGAACGGCGUCCCUGCCGGCGUCGUCUACAUCUCCUCGUCCGAGGAAGAAGGAGGCACGUCGGCAACCACUUUGUGA